AUGGCUAAUAAUACUGAGGUGAAAUAUUUCAUCCUGGAUGGUCUGACCAGCUCUACAGAGCUACACAUUCCCCUCUUCACCUUGUUCACCCUCAUCUACCUCAUCAGUGUUUUGGGGAACCUGGGGAUGGCCUUCCUGAUCGUCCUGGACUCCUGCCUCCAUACGCCCAUGUAUUUUUUCCUCGGUAAUCUUUCUUUGGCAGAUUUUGGAUACUCUUCAGCUGUCUCUCCCACAGCGAUGGCUGGGCUCCUUAUGAAAGACAAGGUCAUCUCUUACACUGCAUGUGCUGCUCAGAUGUUUUUCUUUGUGGUCUUUGUUUCUGUGGAAAAUGCCACGUUGGCAUUAAUGGCUUAUGAUCGCUGUGCAGCAGUGUGCAAACCCUUGCAUUACCCCACGAUCAUGUCGAAGAGUGUGUGUGUGUGUCUGGUCCUAGGCUCCUACUUCUGUGGUUUCCUGGAUGCCUCCUUCCAUACUGGGGGCACAUUCAGUCUCUCCUUCUGUAAGGCCAAUGUGGUCCACCACUUUUUCUGUGAUGUUCCAGCAGUCAGGGUUCUCUCUUGUUCAGACAAACACGUUAUUGAGAUGGUUCUUAUCUUCCUUACAAGUUUCAAUGUCUUUGGUGCUCUUCUAGUUGUGCUCAUUUCCUACAUGUUCAUAUUUAUCACCAUCUUGAAGAUGCGCUCUGCUAAGGGAUAUCAGAAGGCUCUGUCUACCUGUGCCUCCCACUUCACUGCUGUCUCCAUCUUCUAUGGAACGAUCAUCUUCAUGUACAUACAGCCCAGCUCCAGUCACUCCAUGGAUACAGACAAGAUGGCAUCUGUGUUCUACACCAUGGUCAUCCCCAUGCUGAACCCCCUGGUCUACAGCCUGAGGAACAAAGAGGUGAAGAGUGCACUCAAAAAGAUUUUUGAGAAGGCUAAAUCAUCUCUAGUAUUGAGAUUUUAA